GCGGCGCCCAUUGGCCAGAGGGCGCAGCGGGCGUGCCGAUUGGCUGCGGGUGGCGGCAGAGGCGGGACCCGCGGCCCGGGGCCGAUGGCGGCGGCGGGGCCGGGCCGGGCCGGGAUGGCGGCGGUCGGGGAGCGGCGGCGGCGCCGGGCCGGGGCGGCGGCGCGGGCCGGAGGCCGCGGGGGCCUGUAGGCGGCGCCAUGGAGCGGCCCGGCGGCGGCGGCGGGGGGGCCUGGGCCGCGCUGCGGGGCCGGCAGCAGCAGCAGGCUCGCGAGUACUGCCCGGGGGUGAACAACCAGCCCUACGUGUGCGAGACGGGGCACUGCUGCGGGGAGACCGGCUGCUGCACCUACUACUACGAGCUGUGGUGGUUCUGGCUGCUCUGGACCGUCCUCAUCCUCUUCAGCUGCUGCUGCGCCUACCGGCACCGGCGCGCCAAGCUGCGCCUGCAGCAGCAGCAGCGGCAGCGCGAGAUCAACCUCAUCGCCUACCACGGUGCCUGCAACUACCCCGCCUCCAUGAUGGACCUGAGGAUGCUGGCCUCCUUCAAGCUGCCGGCCUACGAGGAGGUGGCGCACCGCCCCAGCACGCCGCCGCCCCCCUACAGCACCAUCCUGGCCCAGCUGGGCGGCCCACACAGCCGCCUGGGCUCCAGCACGCCCACGCUGUCGCCCAGCUCAGGCAACUCCAGCAGCUGCUCGUGCGAGUCGAGCUGCCUGACCUCGCCCAGCAGCACGUCGCUCUCGGUGCAGAUCACGGACGAGACGGAGCGCAGCCGGGCCAGCACGCCCAGCGACGAGGGCGGCACCAGCACGGGCACCGGCGCCAGCUGGGAGCUGCCCGAGGAGGCGGGGCCGCACGAGGCUGUGCCGCGCCACCCGCUCUUCUCCUCCAACGUGGACUUCUUCGAGGCCGACUCGCACCGCUGCUCCGACAUCGAGGAGGAGGACGAGGACCAGGACGAGGAGGAGGGCGGCAGCGCAGGGCACGCCACGGCCCAGGCUGAGGGCGAGCACUUCCGGCACCGGCGCCUCACGGGUGACUCGGGCAUCGAGGUGGGGCGGUGCCAGGAGGAGGAGGGCGCGGACGACAGCGAGGAGGAGACGCAGCUGCUGGGCAAGGCCGGGCCCGAGUCGCCGCAGCGGGCCGAGUGCAAGAGCCUCUGCGGCGUCCCCAGUGAUGGCGGCAGCGAGGAGCCCGGCUCGCCUGCCCUGCCCGUCUGAGCGCCGCCCGCCACGGCCACUGACUGUUGGGGGGGCAGUUCCUACCCCUGCCCCCCACCCGCCCGGGCCCCGGCUGCCUGCCCGCUGGUGCUGGCUAGAGCUGUGCCGGGGCUGGGCCAGCCUACCCCUGCCCCCCGCCUUGGAGGAGUGAGGCCGGAGGGGCCAGCUCUGCUCAGAGGGCGCGGGGGUGGGGGCGGGCGGCUGAGCCCAGCCCUCGGGCACCUCCGGCCCCCUCCCCCAGCCUGUGUGGGCGGGGGUACGGAGGGGCAGGGGGUGCAGACAGGCUGGCUCUAGGCCUGAGCGCCCCCUGCACAGACUGCUGUAGCUGGUGUGUGUCCCGCGCGCUGUCGUGUGUCGGUGCCGUGUGUAGCACUGCGGGCUGAGCCACCCAGGGUCCUGGCCGGCACCCCUCCCUUCCAGCACCGCCGGGGGAGUCCCCUGCUUGGAGCGCUGCCCUCCUGCUUCCAGAGCUGCCUGGCCGUGCCAGGGCCCCGCGGCGCUCAGCUCCACUGCCUUCAGGGUGGAGAAACGGCUCUGCCCCCGCCUGCAGGUCCGUGCUCGGGCGCGGGGACUCCAGUAGCAUUCUCUCAGCAUUAAAGAGAUGUGGAAUUCGA